GAGGACAGCGACGAGGAAGGAGAGGUUGCGGAUGGUGAUCUGUCUGCCGUAAAGCCAGGGUUCGUGGAGCCAUGCAAGCUGGUCUUGGUCGUACGCACCGACCUGGGUAUGACACCAGGCAAAAUAGCUGCUCAACAUGCAACGCUUGCCUGCUACAAGGCACUCCAGAAGACAAAUCCUGGGCUCUUGCGACACUGGGAACGCACAGGUCAAGCCAAGAUCGCCCUGAAGGCGACCUCGGAAGAAGGUCUCCUUGAAUUGGAAGCUGUAGCGAAGAGUCUGAACCUCUGUGCUCGUGCCAUCCACGAUGCCGGGCGGACGCAAAUAGCAGCGGGGUCGCGUACGGUGCUAGGUAUCGGGCCUGGCCCCGUCGAGCUGGUCAACCGAGUGACGGGCAAACUACGCCUGCUAUGA